CGAGCCACCGAGCACUCGACUGAGCGCGCACGCUGGCGGACGUCGACGACGACGAGCAACCCGAUGGGCUAUGUGCAGAAACGGCUGGCUUCAACGGCUGCAAAGCUAGCCGUGUCCCCCUCCCACGUCUAUGACCUCUCAAAAAAAGCUGUCGCCUCGUCCUCCAGGGACUUCUUCGAUGCGCAGACGUGGGCAGCGCUGCAGCCCCCUCCCGAGUCCGCCGUCACCGCGUUUGCCCACCGCAUAGGCCUCGCAGAGGUCCUGGGCUCCGCUGAUGUCGUCCGGCAAGCAUGCACACAUCCCUCCUUCCUCCCGCUCCACGCAAAACACCAUCCAAACCAGCCACAACCCACCACGAACGCGAAUCUUGCCACUCUCGGCAACUCGCUGCUGGGUCUGUUCGCGACGGAGCACGUCAAUGCGACGUAUCCCCAUCUGCCAACGCGUGUCAUGAAGGCUGCUGUCAGUGCCUACGUCGGCGGGACGACGUGUGCAGCAGUAGCGAAGGAAAUGGGUGCAGCGCCCUUGCUCCGGUGGCAUAGGAUGCCGAACACCUUGACAAGACCAGCGGUCUUGUAUCCCGAUGCUCUCAGCUCCGUCCCGCGCGCUCUCACUGGACUGGUAUACAAAAACCGCUCUCUGCUGUCCGCCCGCAAAUUCGUGCAGAAAUUCUUCCUGAGUCGUGAAAUUGACCUGCGGAACAUGAUCAAAUUCCGAGACCCUCGAAUGACGCUGUUGUACACAGUACAAAAGUUCGGGAGAGAGCCGCCAAAAUCUAGACUGCUGAGGGAGACCGGACGAUUCUCGAACUCUCCCAUAUUCGUCGUAGGCAUUUACUCAGGCGCCGACAAGCUUGGCGAAGGAUUUGGCAGUUCCUUGAAGAUGGCAGAGUACCGGGCGGCGGAGGAUUCCUUGCACAGACUCUACCUCACACGACAACCGCCACACUUGGUCCAGCUACCCACGUCGGCAUUCCCAAGCGGGCGGGGCAACAUCUACGAAGCCAGUGGCCCAGAAGGCUCAUAUGUAGCGGGCACGAUCGCGGACUCUGAGGUGCUAUUCGGUAGUUCGGGGCGGACGGGCGCUGUGAUGCCCGGUAGACACACCAUUGAGGGAGAUGAGGAGGGGGAUAUAGAGGACAUAUUGUAGUAUGCAUGCAAUGCUCAUAAUGCUGAUAAUACUGAGCCCUCGAGUACCGUGUCCUGGAUGUCUUCGUUGCUGCAUCCUCGAUCCUUUCGUCAAGCUGUGGACAGGAAUGAACGGACACCACGCCGUCCUUUGUCCGACCGUCCAC